AUGGGGCGUCUUGUAAACGGAGUUGGUCUCUUGGCUUUGUUAUGCUUCCAUGUUUUUGUGGUACAUAAUGUGGUUGCGAGAGAUAGUUUGAGCUUUGGCAAAUAUGAAGAGGAGAAGACCUUCAUAGGAGGAGGCAUGGACAAAGGUGGUGGAGACAUUGGCGGCGGAAUAGGCCCAGGCACAAGCGGUUGUGGCGAUAUGCAUUGUGGUGGCAUUGGUGGCGGAGAAAGCAAAAGCGUUGGUUUUGGAGGCGUUAAUAAAGACGGUGGUUUCGUCGAAAUCGGAAAAGGCAUUUUUGGCAGUAGUAAUGAACCCUGGGGACCAUCCACAGGGAAGGAGAUGUUCAGGUGGGUCGGUCGACGGACUGGUCACAACUGA